GAGAGCUGGUCCAGUAGGUGGCAGUAGAACGACUCGUGCUGUUACAUUUGCUCCACUAGAAGAAGAGGAAGACUGCUGAUGUGACAGCGAUAAAGUUUUCAUUAUGUGCGAUGGCGACGUGAGCUGCGCAGUAGUUCGAACCGAACCUCUUCAUGAGCGCUGGGACUUAGUGGAGGCGUGUGCUGAAUUACUCAAUGCCCAAUGGCAACGCAGCAUGGGAGCGCGAAUUCACUCGCUCCGCCAGUCGAGCCACAGCUAUCCUGUGUGUCUCCUGCUGCUGAAGGGGGAGAGGCGGAGUCAAGACGAGAUGCUAAUAGGCCACGCCCGCUUGUCCCGUGUUCUGGGGACCCGUAGUUUGUUUGUGGAGUCGGUGGUGGUGUGCAACAUGCUGCGGGGGAAGGGGUACGGGCGUAUCCUGAUGGAGGCUGUUGAACGCUACGCCAAAGGACGGGGCUGCACCCGAUUGUGCCUAACCACCCAUGAUAAGCAACACUUCUAUGCCCAUCUGGAGUUUGUGCUGUCCAAACCUGUCCAAAGUGUCGGGACGCUGGCCUCCUUCAUGCCUAUGGAGGUGUUGCACAAGUUCUGUAGAAGCACAGAGAACGAAGAGGAAGAGAGGAAGAGUGAUGUUAAGUUGUUUAGCAGUCCUGCACCAUCUAUUUUACCACCUCCUCCUCCACCUCCACCUCCUCCUCCUCUACUUUCCUGUCCUCCCCCUAUAUCUGCUCCUCCACCUCCUCCAUCUUGUCCUCCGUCAUCCUGGGCUCCGGUAAUUCAGACUUUGGAGCAAACGCCAUACACAGACAACCGAGGCUUGCCCAUCUUCUGGAUGCACAAGGACAUCUGAAACUCAGGCUACACUCCUUCAGUCUGUCAUUAUUCAGGGAUACACAAACAGUGUUUACAGGUUCAAGGAAGAUCCUGUUGGAACUGUAUUGACUGUGAAAUACUGUGACAAUCUGAAUCUGCCUUAAUCAGAGUUUACUUUGUGUCAACUGUUAUUUAUUUUGUUUUAAUGUUUUAAAAAAUGAUUGAAUUGAAAGGUAAAUCUUUUAUCACAACCAUCUAAAGGAAAUGUAUAUGCUGAGAUUUUGUGUUGCUUUCAAAUGGUUAUUUAAAAAAUAAAAAUAAAAACAGUAUAACUUCA